UCUAUGCUAAGGACUCAAUUUCUGGCCAACUGAAAAGAUCCUGCCCCUGGGGUUGAACCUCUAGGAUUCUCUCUUCUGAACAGGAAACAAAAGACAGCCCUCUAGAUUGCUGAUGGAUUUCAUUGCUGGAGCCAUUGGAGGUGUCUGUGGUGUUGCUGUGGGUUAUCCCCUGGACACAGUGAAGGUCAGAAUACAAACUGAGAAGAAAUAUACUAGCAUCUGGCAAUGUGUUCGAGAACUAUACAAAGCAGAAAGGCUAUCUGGGUUCUACAGGGGGCUCUCCCUGCCCGUGUGUACAGUGUCUCUGGUCUCCUCAGUCUCCUUUGGCACCUAUAGGCACUGCCUUUCUCACAUCUGCAAGCUCAAGUAUGGCAAUGCGGACGUGAAGCCCUCCAAAAUGGACAUCACUCUUUCAGGAUGUGCCUCUGGCAUGGUCAGGGUCACACUGACAUCCCCGACAGAAGUGGCCAAAAUCCGAUUGCAGACACAGAAACAGCGUCCCUCGAUAACUUCUUCAUCUCCCAGUGAGCUCCUUCCCCCACCAAAGUACCAAGGUCCCCUGCACUGCCUGAAGACUGUGGCCAAGGAAGAAGGCUUGGGAGGCCUCUACAAGGGCAGCUUGGCAUUGAUGUUCCGAGAUUGCAAUUCCUUUGCCACGUACUUCCUCUCCUACUCCAUCAUCUGUGAGUGGCUCACUCCAACUGGGCAGAGUCAUCCAGACAUCCUGGGUGUGCUCUUCUCUGGUGGCUGUGCGGGUGUCCUGGCCUGGGCCGUGGCCACUCCCAUGGAUGUGAUCAAGUCCCGUCUGCAGGUUGAUGGGCUGGGUCAGCAGCGGUACCGAGGAUUCAUCCAUUGUAUCACGCAAAGUGUGAAGGAGGAAGGAGUGAGGGUCUUGUUUAAAGGACUGGCUCUGAACUGUUGUCGGGCCUUCCCUGUGAACAUGGUAGUUUUUGUCUCCUAUGAAGCGGUCCUGAAACUGACCCGGGGUUUCAUGACGUAAGUGACUCCUUUCCUCAUCCUGAAAUGAGAAGAGGCUCCAUUUGUGGAUGCAAACCAAGCUGGGGUGAAAUGGAAUUGAAUUCCAGACUUUGGGACUCAGGGUUAUAGGUCUCUAGCAGCAACAUCUCAUUCCAACAGCUGGUGGCUGUGGGGGCUGGAGGAUCCAAGUCGGGGGCUGGAGGUGAAUGGUCAGGAGUUGAACAGGCAGCUGCCCAUUCCCUGCUUCCUUAGGACUGCUCUUUGGUGAGGUUCUACCUCCCUACCAAUGAUUGAUUGAAAGAAACUGAGUCCAGCCCAAGGUGGGCUGUUAGGUCACAGAAUGAGUUCUCCAUAUCUACCUUCUUAGAACAGGCAGCUCCCUACCUUCUGAGACUUCAGCACUGCCCUGUUAAUAGGGCCUGCCUACCUCACCCACCUCUUUAAAAGCUUCUGAGAAGCACAGCCUGGUUCUUUGGUACGUACAUAUUGAUAACAUUUUCACACUUUCAGAUGCUUUCUAUUGAUGUUUUGAGUGUAACCUUUCAGGUGUUUUAAACUACAUGUAAAUAAAAGAAAUGUUUUGGA